CUGCCUUUUUCUCAUCAUCUCUGUUCCCUUUAAUUGUUCCAUGUUCCAUCCAUCACAGUUCACAGUUACCACCAACACCAUAAAGACCCACAGGCUCUGAGGCUCCUCUCUCCCACAAACAACACUCACCUCCUCUGCACACCACACAAACAGCACACUAGUGGAGUAGUGGCAGUAGUAGUAUGUGCUAGAGGUGCAGCUUGCCAUCAUCAGAGAGGCCAGCCAUGAAGAAGAGCUCUUCAGAUGCACUAAGUCUGAAACUGAAACAGGAGCAGGCAAGCGCUGGAGGCGAGAUGCAGGGAAGCCUUGAGCUCAGGCUCGGCAUCUCCUCGGACAAUGGCGGCGAUGAUCCAUGGCUUGGUGUCGGAGCGCACCCCUGGAGCUUGGCCUCCAGGCAAGAGAAGGCGACCCUGGAGCAGGCAGCGCACCAGCGGCCUCCUCCUCCUCCGCAGCCGGUGGGAUGGCCGCCGGUGGGCGCGUUCCGCAAGAGCCUGCACCUGGCCGGCGCGAAGGCCGCCGAGGAGCCGAGCAAGGCGAAGCCAGCUGUCUCCGGCGAGACGGCGAGCAUGUUCGUGAAGGUGAACCUGGAGGGGUGCGCCGUCGGGAGGAAGGUGGACCUGCGGGCCCACCGCGGGUACGCGUCGCUGUCCCGCGCGCUGCAGGGCAUGUUCCACGGCUUCGUGCUGUCGGAUGGCCACUGGAGGAUCGCAGGCAGAGAAGACGACGACGAUGACGAUGAGCGGCGGCGGCGGCCGGAGUUGGGGAAGAAGGGGCCCACCAAGAACGGGAAGACGUACAUCCUGCUGUACGAGGACAACGAGGGCGACCGGAUGCUCGUCGGCGACGUGCCAUGGGAGCUGUUCAUGGCUUCGGUGAAGAGGCUCUACAUCGCACAAGACUCAAGGAACAAGUAGCUAGAGAGACAGAGAGACGUUGCUAGCAACACUGUAUGCUGCUAGUGUUUUAACUGCCUCUCUUUCUUCUUCCUGUAACCCUGUCUAGCAGUUCAUAUAGUGCAGUAGGCACGUAUAGGAAGUUUUGCUUGUGUAAUAUUUCAGACUUUGGUGAAGGAAUUAUUAAUCGAUUAGCUCAUGUUGAUGUUUGCAAAGCUGUUUAA